UAGCUCUAUAAAACCAGCUACCUCUCUAAACACAACCUUAACCGUUCUGAAUCUUCACCAUCACCGAUUCAUCGCCAAUGGCGAAUUCCACCAGCAACCACUCUCCCGCCAAAAACAUGCUCUGCACCGCGCUAGCAUUCCUCGCUCCCCUCCCGUCCAUCUUCUUCUACCACUCCUUCCUCCGCCACUACGCCGGAUCGCCCGACUCUCCGUGGGCGGCGUGGUGCUACCACCACCCCGUCCUCCUAGCCAAUCUCCUCUUCUUCCUCAACAUCAACGUCCUCUUCUGGGCCCUCGCCCUCCUCCAGUCAAGCAACUGGCUGAUCGACCUGUACUGGACGGUGAUACCGGUGCUGGCGCUUCACUACUACAGGAACCACCCGGCGGCAGAGUGGGAGGGGCGGCGAUCGGGAUUGGUGGUGGUGCUGACGUGGGUGUGGUUCGUGAGGAUGACGCACAACUACUUACGGCGGGAGAAAUGGCAGUUGGGAGAGAGAGAAGACUGGAGAAUUAACGACAUGCGGAAACAGUAUGGCGCUAAAUUUUGGUGGCUCUCUUUCUUCACCGUCUAUGUUGCUCAGCAGGCGUUUCUGAUGGCAAUAACCAUGCCAUUCUACGUGAUCCACUCAAACCAAAAGCAACUAAGUAUUUGGGACGCGGUCGCGGCGGCGACAUGCUUGGCCGGAGUCACAAUCGCAUAUUUCGCCGACACGCAGCUUUACAACUUUAUCGGUCGAAAUGAGAGGCUGAAGAAGGACGGUGAGGCACUAGUGCCGGUUCUGGAUGAAGGGCUAUGGCGCUAUUCCCGCCACCCCAACUACUUUGGAGAGCAGUUGUGGUGGUCGGGAGUCGGCCUUUUCGCCUGGAAUUUGGAUUAUAGCUGGUGGUUUAUUGGGCCGUUGGUCAAUAGUGUGUGCUUGGGCAUCGUCACUGUUCUUGUGGAGGAGCGAAUGUCGAAACAGGACUAUAGGGCUGAAGCCUACAAGGAGUAUCAGGAAACGACGUCGUUUUGGGUGCCGUGGUUCAAGGCAUCCUUGGUGGGGAAACAAAAAAAGGAGAUAUGAACGUCUCUUAAUUGUGUUUGGGAUCGUAUGAAAAUGAAUGUUAAUAUUUGCUAUCGCAUGAAUUUGUCUUAUGUUUUCAAGUUUAAGUGUUGUUCGAAUUGUGAGUGAAAUUGAAUGUGCUAUGGUACUUGUGAA